GGGCGAGAAUCGGGACGGAGCCGGGGAGCAGAGCCCUUGAGAGCGGAGUCCUGAGUAACGCAGCGCUAUGUGUUGAUUGGCUUCUUGUUGGUGGAAGGAAACGGGAAACUCGUCUUGUCUCGGUUUGCGUAAUGUUUAGUGUGCUGUUACAGAGCGAGUGCAGCUGAACGAAGACAGAUUUCCCUCACUCACUCGAGGAGUUGGUCUCGGCUGCAUUCGGCGGCUUUUCUUGUCUGACCGAGCGCUAGCGUCGCUUCGACAGGUAAUACUCGAAAAUGGGGUGCUUUUUCUCCAAGAAAUCCAGGAGAAAAUCUCCUGACAAGGAGCUCAGCCUGUCCGCUGCGGAGAAGGACGCUACGGGCAAUAACGUGUCCGAAGGCACCGCGCCGAGCAGCACCGACCAGGCAGCACCGAAACAAUACAGCUGGGACAAGCGGGAGAAGGUUGAUCCCAAAGACUUUAUGUUGACUGGUAUCAAGGAUGCCACAGUAGGACGUUUGCCAGGAAAACUCAAUGGGCAGCAGUUUGUUAUUCAAGAGUGUGAGAACUGCAACAUCUUUGUGUUUGACCAUUCAGCAACGGUGACCAUUGAUGACUGUGUAAACUGUCGCAUAGUGCUUGGACCAGUCAAAGGCAGCGUGUUCUUCCGAGACUGCAAAGACAUUAAGUGUGUGGUGGCCUGUCAGCAGUUCCGGACAAGGGACUGCAAGAAAAUGGAUGUCUUUUUGUGUUGUGCCACUCAGCCCAUUAUCGAAUCGUCCACCAGCAUGAAGUUUGGCUGCUUCCAGUACUAUUAUCCUGAAUUGGCCUUUCACUUCAAGGAUGCAGGUCUAAGCAUCUUCAACAACAACUGGAGCAACAUACACGAUUUCACGCCUGUCUCGGGAGAAACCAAUUGGAGUCUACUGCCGGAGGACGCUGUGGUGUUGGAGCAUGUGCCUCUUCCUGACUCUGAGUCGGAGUUCAAGUCUGUACGUAUCUCUACCGAUGUGAACCGGAGUAUCGUGCCCUUGACCAAUGGAGGGAGGCGCAAGGAGAGCGAAGAGUCCUGCCUGUUUGUGUUCUUUGCUGGAGACUACACCACAGCCAAUGCUCGCAAGCUCAUUGAUGAGGCAACUGCCAAAGGUUUUACACUCAUCCAAACCAAAGAGGUCUGCAUGCGACCUGAAGAUGUGAACAGAGUGUUCCAGAACAAUGCAGAGGGUCUCGUUGAGUGGACUGCAAAGGGUCCUGUUGUAGCCCUUGAGCUGAAUGGAGAUGGUGUAGUGGAGGCCUGCAGAAACAUUGCCAGUGAGGUUUUCAAUGGGACAAAGGUGUUUGUUUCUGAGAAUAAAAAUUCAGCUUCUCGGGAUGUUGACAACUUUUUCAACUUUGCUGACAUGCAGAUGGGAUUGUGAAUCAAUAAAAUCAAUUUUGUUUGAUACAUUUUUGUACAUUCAGUAUUGUGAAUUAGAAUAAGUAAAUUUUCCUAAUCUAAUAAUGUAAUGAAAUGGAUGUAGAGUUACUGGUGUCUCUUAAGAUUAAGGGUGUUUAAACUACUAUUUACUUCUUUCUCAAGUAAUUAGUGCUGCUAAAUAUUUUUGAGGGUUAGAAGUUUUCAUGUUGGUUAUGCCAUUUUGCUGUGCUUGUACACGGUCAUGUUGAAUUUACAAGAAUAAGAGAAAUUUAUUGGAAAACAAAAACACAGACGGACCUGGAUUUCAGAAUCUAAUUACAUAUUACUGUGGCCAUUGUCAAUCAUGCUGAAAGUAAGUAAAAUUUUUAAAAUAUUUAUUCAUUUAUAUUUUUAGGGAUAUACAACUGGAAAUAGUAUGUUCUGCUCUGCUUGUGUACGUUUUCACAAAUGUAUAUCUGUGUAGCCUGUCAUUAUAUUUAUACGUAGGCCCAGAUGUGGACAUGUGAAGUUUAUAGAGUCUGUUUCUUUUUAUGAAAUAGUAGCAUGUUUUUUGGACCAUGCUUUGUACUUUAAUGUCUCUGUUUUAAUAUGUAGUUCUAUUUUCACUUAUGCGCAGCCAGAAUGAGGACAAAUCAGCUUUUUUGUCAAUGUUAUUUAUAAAAUGCUUUUGAAAGGAAUAUCAGAAGUUGAUUCAUUGUUAAUCAGAUCUUACUGAAUGUACUGCUCAAACGAGCUCUACCUAUAUACUCUGUCUGUUUUUUUGUAUGAAUGUUUUGAAGAGCACACUUUUAGUCCUGUGACCAAAAACAAUCGGUCUUAUUUGUACAGAUAAGAGAAAAGCCUCACAAUGUACUUUUAUACCUUUGAAUGGUUCAUAUUUGCAUAAGGCUGUUUUGUAGGAAUGAAUGUAAACUGUGAUUUAUCAAUACAUUCAUUUGUUAAAAGAUU